CCUUUACCGGCUGCUCCGGUAAAAGAUAGAAACAAUUAAUAAAUAAAAAUCAACUUUAUUUUUACGAAAAAGAACAGAGUGAGUUACGCUUACAUAACAUAACACAUUCCAGAGAGAGAAAAUGAGAUCAUUAAUUUUCCUCUCUUUGUUGUUAAAAAGGCUUUGAGAUUAUCACCCUUCUUUUUUUUCUUUUCUCCAUUCAAUUUUCCCUCUAUUUCCUGGAAUUAUAACUAAUUUUUCCUGGAAAGUUUUUGUGGAAUUUUCUAACGAGGUGGUUAAUUCACGAUCUGAGCUAGGGUUUUCGAAAAAUGUUGAUCGGAAAAAUCGAAUUUGCUCUGAUUUUAGGUUGAAGAUCUCGAUUUGCCUCGAUUGAGGGUUUUAUAAUUUUGAAUUUUGCUUGUUUAGCUCUUUCUUCAUCUUAACCUUAACCUUCUAGUACUAAUCAAUCACCUCCGGGGAAAGACCUUUCCAUCUCAGGAGGGAGCCGGCGGUGUUCUUGCCCGCGUGGGUGGCUUGUUUUGCGAGUGAAAGCCAUUGGAAAAGUAGUUAGGGCUUUCUCUUUGUCGACUUACAAUCGCAGGUCUUUCGCUUUCGUUGGCAUUCUUCUAUUAAGUCGCAGUAAAAUUUCAAGCUCAAGCUUACACUGCCAAUGAAAGUGCAAUAGCGUUAAGGAAAGAUAGUGUGCCUAGUUUAUUUACGAUUUGUUGAACCUAGGGCUUAAUUUGGGAACGUUAAAGAAAUGGAUGUGGAUUCGUCGAUGGUUCCUGAGACUGACCACGAUCAGAAUCAAAACGGAGCUUCUCAAUCUUCAGCGCCGAUGGAGAGGGAGCAACAGCAACAAAACCAGCAACUAGAGAACCAGGCUUCGCCACCGGGACCUGUUGGAUCUGCACCCACUUCGGCGCAACAACAGUCUGCUGCUGCCCCACCUGCUACUCAGGGACAGCCGCAAACGCCAGUGGUUGGGCCAAGAUGGGCGCCCACUUAUUCUGUGGUUAAUGCGAUUAUUGAGAAGAAAGAAGACGGGCCAGGUCCUAGGUGUGGGCAUACUCUAACGGCUGUGGCAGCUGUGGGGGAAGAAGGGACGCCUGGGUAUAUUGGGCCCAGGUUGAUUUUAUUUGGUGGCGCCACGGCACUGGAAGGGAAUUCUGCUGCUUCUGGGACUCCAUCGUCGGCUGGAAGCGCUGGCAUCAGACUAGCAGGUGCCACUGCUGAUGUGCACUGUUAUGAUGUGUUAAGUAAUAAAUGGUCUAGGAUCACGCCCUUUGGAGAGCCACCUACACCAAGGGCAGCUCAUGUGGCAACUGCUGUGGGAACUAUGGUUGUUAUUCAGGGUGGAAUUGGUCCAGCUGGUUUGUCUGCUGAGGACCUUCACGUUCUUGAUCUCACACAGCAGCGACCACGGUGGCAUAGGGUUGUUGUGCAAGGCCCUGGACCAGGGCCACGUUAUGGACAUGUGAUGGCUUUGGUGGGACAAAGGUAUCUCAUGGCUAUUGGUGGAAAUGAUGGAAAACGACCUUUGGCAGAUGUAUGGGCCCUGGAUACUGCUGCCAAGCCUUAUGAAUGGCGUAAAUUGGAACCUGAAGGGGAAGGCCCACCUCCAUGCAUGUAUGCUACUGCAAGUGCACGAUCAGAUGGUCUCCUUCUGCUCUGUGGAGGGAGGGAUGCUAACAGUGUGCCAUUGGCUAGUGCAUAUGGACUUGCAAAACACAGGGAUGGUCGAUGGGAAUGGGCAAUUGCUCCGGGUGUCUCACCAUCACCAAGAUAUCAACAUGCUGCUGUCUUUGUCAAUGCAAGGCUCCAUGUUUCUGGUGGGGCACUUGGCGGUGGACGCAUGGUUGAAGACUCGUCAAGUGUUGCAGUGUUGGAUACUGCUGCGGGAGUUUGGUGUGAUACAAAAUCUGUUGUUACUAGUCCGAGGACAGGCAGAUACAGUGCAGAUGCUGCUGGAGGAGAUGCUUCUGUUGAGUUGACAAGGCGCUGCAGACAUGCAGCUGCUGCUGUUGGUGACUUAAUAUUUAUUUAUGGUGGUUUACGUGGUGGUGUGUUGCUUGAUGACUUGCUUGUUGCUGAAGACCUGGCUGCUGCUGAGACAACAGCAGCAGCUUCACAUGCUGCGGCUGCAGCAGCUGCUUCUAAUGUGAAUGCAGGGCGGUUACCUGGAAGGUAUGGUUUUGGUGAUGAAAGAGAAAGGCAAACAAUGCCUGAAGCAGCUCCUGAUGGAGCAGUUGUGCUGGGAAGUCCAGUUGCUCCCCCUGUAAAUGGGGAUAUGUAUACCGACAUAAGCACUGAAAAUGCCAUGCUUCAAGGAUCCCGGAGAAUGAGCAAGGGUGUUGAGUAUUUAGUUGAGGCCGCGGCUGCUGAAGCUGAGGCUAUUAGUGCCACAUUGGCUGCUGCCAAGGCACGACAAGUUAAUGGAGAAGUUGAACUUCCUGAUAGGGAUCGAGGGGCAGAGGCUACACCUAGUGGAAAACAAAUGUCUACCUUGAUUAAAAUACCUGAUUCUUCUGGGUCAAAUAAUGUUACUCCAGCUGGAGUUCGGCUUCACCACAGAGCUGUGGUUGUGGCUGCAGAGACCGGUGGAGCAUUAGGUGGGAUGGUAAGACAGCUUUCUAUUGACCAAUUUGAAAAUGAAGGCAGGCGGGUUAGCUAUGGGACUCCUGAGAGUGCAACUGCAGCAAGGAAACUAUUAGAUAGGCAGAUGUCAAUCAAUAGUGUCCCCAAAAAGGUCAUUGCACAUCUUUUGAAGCCUCGUGGUUGGAAACCUCCAGUUCGUCGACAGUUUUUCUUAGAUUGCAAUGAAAUAGCAGAUCUCUGUGAAAGUGCCGAAAAAAUAUUUGCUGCCGAACCAACUGUUUUACAGCUGAAAGCUCCUAUUAAGAUUUUUGGUGAUCUACAUGGACAAUUUGGGGAUCUUAUGCGCCUUUUUGAUGAAUAUGGUGCGCCUUCAACAGCUGGGGACAUUGCAUAUAUCGAUUAUCUCUUCUUAGGAGAUUAUGUGGACCGGGGCCAACACAGCUUGGAGACCAUUACUCUUCUGCUUGCAUUGAAGGUUGAGUAUCCCCAUAAUGUACAUUUAAUUAGGGGAAAUCAUGAGGCUGCAGAUAUCAAUGCACUUUUUGGCUUCCGGAUUGAGUGUAUUGAGCGCAUGGGUGAGAGAGAUGGAAUAUGGGCAUGGCAUCGCAUAAACCGGUUAUUUAAUUGGCUUCCUCUGGCAGCUCUAAUUGAGAAGAAAAUCAUUUGUAUGCAUGGUGGCAUUGGUCGGUCUAUAAAUCAUGUGGAACAGAUUGAGAACCUACAGCGUCCCAUUACAAUGGAAGCAGGCUCAAUUGUUCUUAUGGAUUUAUUAUGGUCUGAUCCAACAGAAAAUGAUAGUGUGGAAGGGUUGCGACCAAAUGCUAGAGGUCCAGGGUUGGUUACUUUUGGGCCUGAUCGUGUUAUGGAAUUCUGCAAUAAUAAUGAUCUUCAGUUAAUUGUUCGUGCUCACGAGUGUGUUAUGGAUGGCUUUGAGCGCUUUGCCCAGGGACAUUUGAUCACUCUAUUUUCGGCAACCAAUUAUUGUGGCACCGCAAAUAACGCUGGCGCUAUCUUAGUUUUGGGUAGAGAUCUCGUGGUAGUUCCAAAGCUGAUUCAUCCUUUACCCCCAGCAAUGUCAUCUCCAGAAGCAUCACCGGAACGUCAUAUAGAAGAUACAUGGAUGCAGGAGUUGAAUGCUAACAGACCUCCGACACCUACUAGAGGUCGUCCUCAAGUGGCAAAUGAUCGAGGCUCUCUCGCGUGUAUAUAAUAGAUCCUUCCAAAUCUUUUUCCAUAUACUCCUUCAGGUUUAUGUUACUACAUGGUGAUUCCCUGUUCCGUAUAAGGGCAUGAUGCCAAAUACAGGCAUUUCCAAACUUGUAAUCUCUCUCGUAACAAAGUUUGAAGGCUUUGACUUUUCGCCGGUUUUCAGCACACGGUAGGCCUUGAGAUUAUGAAAGAUGCAUAGUUUGGGAACCAGAUUGCAAGGUGCUGUGGUAGUAUGAAAGGUACAAGUUAGAGAAGCAGAUUGUGCACGGCGUAGGUUUCUUUUUGGAUAUGUGUGCUGAAAAUUGCAAGUUGGGCUUCUCCCUCUGUAAAUUGAAGGCACAGCCAGGUAGAAGUCGGGUGGUUUCUUCAAAUGGGUUGCUAGUGUUGAGUACUUUUCACAUUUAGUUAUAUAUAUUUUUUAGUCCUUGUUUUAGGUCUAAUAUUUUUUACUAUGUGAUGAUGAUGAGGGAUCAUAUUGGGCGUUGCUUGUAUCAAGAGGUGUUGAUUGGUGUAAUUCUCUUUUCUCUGUACAAUGUAAUGAUUGUGUGAAGAAAACCUAGUGUUGUUCAAACAUGAAAAUUUUACAAGUUUUGGUCAUAAAUUUGUCACUCUUUUCAUUUGUAAAUCUAGCAAUUACAAUUCCAGGUUUUGCUUAAUGUCACGAUUAGAUUAUGCAGUUAUAAGAUGUCAUUUUGUUCGAA